CGGGAGCGGUGCCGGGAGCGGAGAGCCCAUCCCGGGGUGAGGGUCGCGGGGAGGCGGGCCCCUGUCUCCCUGUGGUUGCCGGCACCCAGGUCGCCAGGUGUAUUAGAUCUUGGAGCUCUGCUGGCGGAGCUGUGACCCUGCCUGCAGCCUGUGGGUGCUGUGCUCGGUGCUAAUGAAAUGCCAUAAAAUGGACAUCUGAUGUGGUUCCAUGGAUUUUUUUUACCAUAUUUAAAGACACUUGGAUCAAGUGACUCUGCUGCUUUUUUAAUGAAAUUAUAGAGAGUUGCAUUUAAGAUGUGUAGCAAAGUAGUAUUAUGUAGUGGUUUGUCCACAGGUAGACAAAAAAACAGUUUGAAAAUAAUCUACCCAUUGUUGAAGUUUCUGUACAUUAACCUUUCUAAUAUUUCUUGUCAUUGCUGUUAGAAUGGCAUCUUUUGGAUUUGCCCCUGAGAAGAUCUGGGUAGAAGGAAAGCUUUGUGCACGUGUGCACACAUGCAACUAUGGUGCUGGUAUAAAAGAUGAGGCUGAAUGAGAGCCGGACAAGAUCCUUCCAGGCUCCUGUCACCAUCCAUAAUUACCCGGGUAGGCAGGUGUAUGUGUUUCCCAAUGGCCGAUCUGAUUCGGAAGAGUCAUCAGAGGAGGAACUCAAUGUUACAGAAUUGCGACCGAGAGGCAAGGAGCAGCAGCGAUGCAGCACUUCUCGGGACAGAGUUGGAGAUGUGGUACUUCUGGAACGAGAGAUUACAGAGGAUGAUAAUCUUAACAAGCUAGCCCUGCAGUAUGGUUGUAAAGUUGCGGAUAUCAAACGUGUCAACAACUUCAUCCAGGACCAGGACUUGUAUGCACUGAAGUCCAUCAAGAUCCCUGUGAAGACCCACGGGCUCUUAACAGAGAAGGGCAGAGAACUAAGGCUGCUCUCAACUGUGCCCUCCCAGACCGGCCUGACGCUUGUAGACUUACCGGAGCCUGAUGAUGGUGCGAGCAGCUCUGCUGACGGCAGACACCUGAGCGACUACUUCAAGGGGAUUGACAAGAGCAUUCAGGAUGCGGUGCAGGUGGAGGUCCAGCUAAAUGCAGAGUAUUGCAUGGAAGCACUGGAGAGGCCACUGCCUGAGUCAGGGAAGCAGGAGACUAGUAAUGGUGGAGCUCAUUGCAGAAUCUGUGCUGUUGCCAGGGUACUGCUUGUCCAGAGCCAAUACUUCAGCAUGACUGCAGGUGGCCAAAGAGUAUUGGAGGAGGACGUGAGUGUAGCAUUAGGCCUGUGGUACGUAGUACAUGCUUCUCAAAGGCUCGUUUGUUGGGGGGGAGGUCUAGCCAGUAUUACUUUAAAAAAAAAAAAAAAAUCCAUAAUGGUGCACCUCAAACACCCCAUUUCAGUCAUGGACUUGAGUGUCCUUGUGUGUAGUCUUCACGUGAGCGAGCAUUGCCAUUUCAUUUGCAAGGUCUGGGAGGGAAGCCCUGCGUUACCUUAGACAGUCACGGAAGGAAGUGUAAAUCCUUUGUAGGAUGGGGACUGUGAAGCUGCUGAUUGUUAAGUGUUUCUGUGAACUGCUGACAUUUGCAUGGAAAAGCUUCUGAGUCGGUAGGAAAGACCAAUGACACUUCAGAGGCUGGUGGUGGUGUCCUGAGAUGUAGGUAAGCCUUAGGUUGGUGCUGUUUAGGACAAAUCAGUAAAAACUACAUGCUAGAAGUGAACAGGAAAUGAGGCUUUGGGGAGCUUUGCUGCAGGGAAGAAUUGGCCUCAAAAAUUUAAUUCAGCAAAUUCAGGGACAGUGCGCAGAGGUAAAUGCUCUCCUAGAACCAAACCCUGAGGUAUUUUGCAGCACAGUUGCAUGAAACCUGGCCUGGGAUGAGGUGAUGUAUGAUGUAAGCAGUAGCCCACUGAAAGCAGCUGGCUGUUUCAGGAAGGGUCCUGGCCCUUUCCUGGGCCACUUGCGCAGGACUUGGCUGGUCUCCUGCUGCUGAGCUGGCAGCUGCAGUCAUUGCUGAGGGUGAGGGCACAGGGCUGGUGGGCAGGUGGAAAAAGCUGUUGUUUGGCUUCCCCUCCUGCCUUGCCCCAAGAUUGGUUCCAUUAAGCUGUUGGUGGGACAGCAGCCUGGCCCGAGCCUUUUCACUGGUGGGCAUGGCUGCCACCAAGCGCUGCUGGAGUAGGAGCAGGGGCAGCAGCCUUCGCAAGGCCAGACUGGUGCUGACCCUGCCAUGGCAAGGCGUCACAGCAGGGGAACUCGUGAGUUGCUGCUUUGGUUUUUGUUGUGGGUUUUUUUGUUUGUGGGUUUUUUUUUUUUUUUGAAAGCUUCAGUGCUGCUUCCAGCUCUGUGAGGGAAGGCGAAGCUGGGCAAGAGCUGUGGUGCAGGUGUGAUCUGCUCCUCCCUGUGGAAGAGCAGCCUGACAGCAUCUGCGGCAGGGGGUGGGGGGGAGACAGGACUGAGGCCUCCCAGCAACCUGAGGAACACCACACCAAGCAAGAAGAACCCUGGGAUGUUACAAUGAUAACCUGUGUUUCCUGCAACCCUUAAAACGUGCUCAGGAAAGCCUGAGGGAACCUAAUUUUGUAAACAAGGACUCUAAAGUAGUUUAUACUGAAAAAAAAACCCCAACUUGUAUUUUUCUUCUGUGAAGAAAAUGUAUCUUUCUUUGUUCAGGGGUGGGGGGGGAUUAUCACAUUUUCAAAGAAAGAAAAAUGAAAUAAAAGCACAAGGGGCACUACCCAC